AUGACUCAUCAUCAGCCUGUAAUAGAUCAUGAUGUAGAAGCUGACAAUCUUUUAAGGGUAGGAGAGGGAACUUGCGUUUGGGAAAUAGAUUCUGGCUCGAGAACUGGAGUUGGGUUUAUCACUUGUAGCUUAUUCUUUCUUCGAUCCUUUCUUUUGGCGAAUAUUCUUGCAGCUAUUUAUUCAGAACUGGAGAUGUUUGUGGGCGGACCUGCCAUCGGCCUGAAGGUUGCCAUGAACAUUGGAAAGCUAGAAAGUGUCUUCCUUGUAAUGUUUGUGAUAAGCCAACUAGCUCUGAACCCGGCCUUUGUAACCCAGUAUAUUAAUAGGCUUGGAGAUAGAGCCAUUGGAUACUUAUUGGGAGCACACUCGAACACUUCGGUCCUUGGUGCUUGA